UAUUUAUGGUCCAAACUGUAAAUGUCCAGUUGAUUCAUAGUCAGUCGUAUACCACCAGUUGAUUCACGAUCAGUCGUAUACCACCAGUUGAUCAUGAUUCACGGUCAGUCGUAAGCCAACGUAGCUAUUCAGUCGAGGAUAUAUAAAAUAUUUGAAAAAUAUCAGAACCCAGGAGAACAAAUGGGGGACUGAGAGAAGUCCAACAUAUUGAGCAUUUAGCAACUGAGCAUACUGGCACAUCAUGUUGGCGAUACUGACUGCAUUGACAGUGGUACUUCUCUUUUGGUUUAUGUGGAGAAGACCACGCAGUAAAUUGCCACACAUCCCAGGUCCUAGUGGAGUACCCAUAGCUGGAAACGUCUUUGAAAUAUCGAGCACUUUCAAAUUGGUGCAAAAACUGCAUGAAUGGAUGAUGGAAUAUGGCGAGAUCUUCAAGAUUAAUCUUUUGGGAAAAGAGAUUGUCGUCGUGAGUGGAUCACUGAUCGGGGAAAUGUUGGUCACAAAAGGAAGUGAUUUUGCUGACCGGCCUCGAAUGCCUGCAUCGAUUGAAAGCCUUGAGGGAAAUGAAGUUCACCUGGCAUUAAGGAACUAUGACCCCAAGUUACGCUUCAUUCGUAAGCUUGUCCACAAAGGUCUUCGUCAAUAUGGAGAAGGGAUGGACAAAAUUGAAGCCAUUACCAUGACAGAAAUUGCUAAAUGUUUAGACAAGAUUGAGCAGUUAGGUGGAGCAGAUUUUGACCCAUUUACAUACAUUCACCAUGCUAUAAGUCAAGUAAUGAAUACCAUGGUAACAGGAGAGGCAGUACCCGACGGACACCCCAUGUUGAAUAAAGCGAUCGAAUUGGACAGACUCGAUGGAGAGUUGAGUCAAGAUCCAACCAUUGUUAUGCCUCUAAUGGGCAAACUAUCACUUUUAUUUGGUGUCGGAACGUUUAGCAAAUAUGCUAGCGCCAUGAACUUUUUCAUUGAACAUUGGAGAAGUUACGAGGCGACCUAUGAUAAGGAGAACAUGAGAGGACUUUAUGAUGUCGUAUACAAGGCAUAUCUUGAAUCAGAGACAGAUGAAGAGGGAAUCAAGAUAUCAUACAAAAAUGUGAAGUUCCUCAUGUUUGAGCUGUACAGUGCAGGUAUCACCACUACACACAAAGCCAUCUAUUCAUUUGUUCACUUGAUGGUGACACACCCCGAGCUACAGAAAAGAAUCCAAGCCCAAAUUGAUGAUGUUAUUGGUUCCCAGCGAAACCCAACUACAGCAGAUAGACACAAUCUCCCUCUAUUAGAGGCAUCGAUACAUGAAUUGUUGAGAUUUAUAUCUCAUGUUCCAUUCGCUUUUCCCCAUCAAACGAAUAAAGAGAUAAGUCUGGGAGGAUUUGUCCUACCGAAGGAGACACAGGUUUGGCCAUUCACAUCUGGCAACCACCACAACCCUAAGUACUUCAAAGAUCCCUCAAGCUUCAACCCUGACAGGUUCCUAGAGAAUGAUGGCUCUCUUUCAUCUGCAAGCUCAAGAAGAAUGUUAACACCAUUUGGAGCAGGGACCAGGAACUGCAUUGGGGAGGUAUUUGCCAGGACGAGGCUCUUUUUAUUCACUGCUAGCCUGUUACAACGAUUCACACUCCUUCAACCUACUGAAGGAAAGCUUAAUGAUAUUGAUCCAAGAAGUGAGGAUUUUCUCAAAAAGCUCCCUUGUGUUUGCCCAAACUAUAAAAUCAGAGCAAUUCCCAGAUGAAAUCAU